AUGCUCCCGAAAUUAAGUGACUUUGGAUUGGCCCAGCGCCCAGAUGGUCCCGAACUUCUCCGAUAUCCUAUUCAGCCUCCCCUUUUCCAAGCUCCGGAGGUUAUAUUAGGCAUAGGUUGGUCGUAUAGCGCAGAUAUUUGGAAUCUAGGCGUACUGGCUUGGAACCUUCUCGAAGACCGGGAACUGUUUCGAGAUAUUCGCUCCGAAGGGGCAUAUGACAGUCGAAAGCAUCUUGCGGAGAUGAUCGCUCUACUUGGUCCCCCGCCUAAGGAGGUUUUUGAGAGAGAACAAAGGUGGAGCAUGGUUCCAUGGAGAUGUUCUUUUCAGACUGCGGAGGGCAAGCAUUGCUGGCCGCUCGCGAGUUCUACGGAGGGCCAUUCUUCAACUCAAAUGAAUCUAUAUACAGGUGAAUUUCUAUAUAAGGACCUUAUUCCCUACGAGUUUAAUCUCUCUGACUCGGUCCAUUCCCUCAACGACAACGACAAACAUCUGUUUCUCGACUUUGUUGGGCAGAUGCUCCAGUGGCUGCCGGAGAACAGGAAGACUGCGAAGGAACUUUUGAAACACCCCUGGCUGGGCUUGAACUUAUGA